AUGUCAGGCUAUUACAUGCAGUAUCUCGAGAGCCUGUGCCGACGUCGUGGGUGGCAAGACCCUUCGUACGAGUGUUACAGAGACCCGAGUGGCUACACGUGCCUGGUUCUGGUGAACGGUCGCGAGUACCAGACGGAUCUUGCAUACGAAUCGAACUCCUUGGCCCAGGAAAACGCAGCCAUGAGGGCGUUUAUGGUGUGCCGGAACUUUUCCGUCAAUGGAGGCAUGCUUGCCCGUAACGGCAUUGUCCAGGGUCUCCCAGCCAAUGAUUCCAGCAGGCGCAAGAAGUCGCGCCAUGCUUCAGCCAGUCACGGUCAUGGCCACAGCCACCGGGAGAGCCGUCAUGGCCACAGAUCUGGACAUUCGAGCAGCAGUUCAACCAUAUCCUUCGAGUGA